UUGGCUGUUCCCAGAGACGUGUUGCACUUCACUCAUUUGUAUCUGCUUAGUAGUGAAUUUGCAGUCAAGUUAUGUAGACGCCCUUAAUGAUAACUGCAGAGUGAGAGCUUCUUUCCAUUGUGUGCUUCAAGUUUACACACUGAAGAGUAUCUAAAAAUCACACUUUUGAGAGAAAUGGUUUCCAUCACAACUGAAAAUGUUACGCAACUGUACAACAUGACCACCCAGGAGCUCACAGUCAGUCCAGCAGAUUUCCACAAUAAUUCAGGAGUGAAUCAGAUAAAUCCAUAUAAAUGUGUUAAUGAAGAUGUAGAGAGAUGGUUACACGAAUAUCAGCCUGGAUUCCUCUGGUUUAUAUUUGUUCUGGGAGCAAUAGAAAAUUCCUUUGUCCUCACUGUCCUGUGUUUCCACAAGAGUAGCUGUACAGUGGCUGAAAUUUACCUAGCAAACAUGGCACUUGCUGACCUAAUGUUGGUCUGUGUUUUACCUUUCUGGGCCAUUAAUAUUUCUAAUGAAUUUGAAUGGCCUUUUGGCCUGUUUCUCUGUAAAGCUGUCAACAUUAUGAGCUACAUGAACUUUUAUUCUAGCAUUUAUUUCCUGACACUAGUGAGCAUUGAUCGCUACUUGGCCUUGGUGAAAACCAUGUCCCUGGGACGGAUGCGACGAACUGUCUGUGCCAAAUGGAAUAGCUUUGUAAUCUGGACAUGUGCUUUGCUCAUAUGUUCACCUACAAUGGCGUUUCGAAAGUUACAGUAUUUUGAAGAAUACAAUAUCACAGCCUGUGCCCUUAUUUACCCAGUCAGCUACUGGGAGCCUACAAACAACUGCUUGCUGAAUAUUGUGGGUUUCAUGAUCCCACUCUGUGUAAUUACCUACUGCACUAUACAAAUCAUCAAAGCCUUACGCAGCAGUGAGCUACAAAAAAUGAAGGCAGUCCAGACAGAGAGGAGAGCCACUAUGCUGGUCCUCACUGUGCUCUUGCUGUUCAUCAUUUGCUGGCUUCCAUUCCAGAUCAGCACAUUCAUUGACACAAUCCGUUAUUUCGCACCCACGCUCAAAUGCCUGGAAGACAUCAAUGAAAUACUGACUCAGAUAGCUGUUUACUGUGCCUUUAGUAACAGCUGCCUGAACCCAGUCCUGUAUGUAAUUGUGGGGAAGCACUUCCAGAAGAAGGCUGCAGAAUUCUACAAGGGCUUGCUCCCAAAGAGGUUCAGCAAAUCACAGUCUGUGAAGAUGGAAAACUCCCUGGACACUUUAAGAACUUCCAUUUCAAGUGAAUAUCCAAGGAAAAAGUCUAUUUUGCCAUUACCCCGAUAGCAAAAUUUUAGGAAAUAUUACAGGAAGAAAGCCUUCUAAACAUAUCAGUCUCCACUACCAGUCCACAGAAUAAACAUGUGGUAGAGUUCAUCAUGCGGAGGAAAUCAACAAUUUGAUCUUAAUGGAAACUCCAUGCAGAGACCUGCUUCUAAUAUUAUUAGACAUUUUUCAUGAUUGAAUCCUAUUUGGUAGCUUACUUACAUUUUCAUGGCUGAAUAAUAUUUGGUGCAUGUAUCAUUCGGAAUGUUUGCAUUUCUGAGGUGUACAUACAUGUACAUACAGUUCUCUGAACAGAACCCCGGCUGUUAGGAUUGUGCAGCUACUUAUGGUACCCAUGCAGUGUAUUAGAUCAGAUUUUUGAUCUGAGAGGGGCUUGUAUUUGAAUAAGUUCUGGUACGUGAAUCCCUUAGGAUUAUUAUUCAUAUGGAUUUUUAGGUGUGCUCAUCUUCUGGGUUUUUAAUUUCUCUCGUCAGUCAUCCAAAACUAUUUGAUUUUUUGAUUGACAAGAGGUGCCUUUUUGCAACUGUUAGUCACCUGAGCGUGUAUCUGUGGAAAGAAGCUCAAAAAAGGUAAAGUAGUAGUGGAAGGAAAGCUGUAGCCAGCUGCAUGAAGUUAGCUGAGUUUUCUUUAUAACAGGAGAUUCUUUACCCCUUCUACCUUGGGGUGAAAACAUUCACUCCUUUUGAAUGCAUGAAUGUUAUUUACAUUCAUCCCUACACUUCAACUCAGAGACUUGGUUUUUCAGUAUUCACAAAGCAUAAUUAAUAUUUUUAAUGUUAUUUAAUGUAAAUAUAAAAGCUCAGCACAACAGGUAUAAUGUCACAAGCAGAAGAAACUGAGAAUAUGAAGGAGAACAUCAUUCAAUUACAUUAGAAAUCUAACUGAAAAUAACAGGAGUCUUCAAAGUUCAGAGUAUUCAAGAAUGGCCUUUUCAGACUCUAAUAAAACCUAUAUUUUAUUCGUAGACUUAAUCUGUGUGAUUUUAAUACAAGAUAGUUUUUCCCCAGUUGGACUGCAUUUUUGAUCUGAGUUUCACAGAAUCACAGAAUCACAGAAUAUGCUGAGUUGGAAGGGACCCACAAGGAUCAUAAAGUCCAACCCUCUGCCCUGCACAGGACCAUCCCCAGGAGUUCCAUCAUGUGUCUGAGAGUAUCCUCCAAAUGUCUCUUGAACUCUCUCAGGUUUGGUGCUGUGACCACUUCCCUGGAACCUGAGCCUGUUCCAGUGCCCAACCACCCUCUGGGUG